ACUUCCGUUUGCGUCAAUGAAAAGAAGCGGAAUGCAUUUGCGAUAAUAAAUUCAUACUUUAGUCGUGAUCAGAGGAUUCAUAAUGGCAGAAGGGUCUUCCUCUGUCCCUAGCAACAAGGGUGAUUUGAUUGAAAAUGGGAAGAACAAGACAAAGAUUUGCUGUAAAAGGUGUCCAAGCUUAGUUCUCUCACCUAAUCAAGCAACAUUGACUGAAAAAGAGUUUUUCCUGCCAUACAUGUAUAAAAAGAACAAGGAAAGCCAGCCUCAUGAUGGAGAAACCUUGACAGAUUACUGGUUGGUAGAGGACAUGUUUACGUUCGACAAUGUUGGUUUCUCGAACACUGUGGGCUCCAUGAAGUAUCUUAUAUGUGCGGACUGUGAGAUUGGACCGAUAGGCUGGCAUGACUUGACCAACAAGAAGGCGUUCUACAUCGCAGUGGACCGAGUACAGCAUGUUUAACAACAGCUGGGAACUAGGAAUAUGUAUCAUAGACUGUUGUUAAAUGAGUCCGAAUUAACAAGAAUGACAACCAGACCAUGAAGUCAACUUUUGUUAAACAUGUUGAAGAUAAAAAUGAAAUACAUUCCCUAAUUUUCAGUCAUCAUCUUAUGCAAAAUCUGUUGUUAUUCAUUAUAAGGUGUUCACCAUAUAAUGUGGUUUUAGUUCACUGGGCAUGUUUAUGACCUUUUUUAGAUGAAAAGUUUGAAAUCUAGCACUUUCUAUCCAUAUUUAACAACUUACUUGAAAGUCAUAAUAAUGUUAAACCUGCUUUUCUUUUCGGAAGUAAAAGCUAUAAAAGGAUUUAGCAAACACUUAUAUCUCAGAAUGACUUUAACUUGUAUCCUUUGGCAUGGAGAGGAAUGUAAUGUAUAGGCAUGUCUACUAUCAUCUUCCCGAGGCAAGGGAGUUAACUGACUAUAAAAAUCCAGUUUCCACCCUUGCCGAACUAGGCUAGAAUUUCUGGGCUCUAUCGUAGUGCCACCAGUGGCUAUUACGAGUUACGUCCCUUCUAAGCCUCUCCUAUGGACCAAUCACAUUCCACCUCUCGCAUCACUUGCAUUUGCUUCAAACAAAAUGGCGACGCCCAGUCAAGACGAUCUGAUCAAUAAUCUAAGAUCUAUUUUGUAAUGUAACAGGUCUUAAAUCGUGCAGUGCAUCAAAUCAUGUGAGCACACCGAUUAAAAACAUGAAAAGAUUUGGAAAAUAGCUGUUGACAACCAGUUGGCGGUGCAAUGCUUUGCAAGUCCUGCAAUCGACCAAAAUCUGCAUGAAAGUUUAUGAUCCGGAUUUCGAUUUUAUUGUGCGAUUUUGAUUGGACUAUGCAUAGACUCGUUAGUCCAGCAAAAAUGUAACUCCAUAAUACCAGCCUAGUUCGGCAAGGGUGGAAACUGGACUUUUAAAGUCAGUUAACUCUUUUGUCUCCGGAAGAUGGUUUACUAUCCACCAGUAUAUUUUUACCAAAGUUAUUCCAAUAUGUAUGUUGGAAUUCUGGUGUAUAGCCGUUGCUAUUCAGUAUCUAUUUUCCCCUGGAAGACAGAUACAAGGUUUUCUUUUCUAGGACGUUAACUGAUUGUCAUCAAAAAUGUCUUCAAGAUAUUUUUUAAAUUUGGAAAUGGUAUAUAAAAAAAUGAUGCCAUUCAUCUUGGGCAAAAAAACUGCAGAUUUGGUUUACCCUGUGGGAUUCUGGGUUUGAAUAGGUUCCAAGCAACCUGUGCUGGUUGUAAAUGGAAUGGAUUGGGUGAUUAGACACAGUGACUUGGUUGAUAGGGUGUCUUCGUACCUCGACUGCAUGGAUCAUAGCUCUCAACAUUGAGGGACGGUCGGAUAGCCUAGUGGUUUAAGCAUUGGCUCGUGACGCUGAAGACCCGGGUUCGAUUCCUGACAUGGGUACAAUGUGUGAAGCCCUUUUCUGGUGUCCCCCGCUGUGAUAUUGCUG